AUGAUCAAGAAGAAAUUCUCGAAAUAAUUAAGCAUGCCUUAAUUAUGUUCAGAUAUUAAUAGAUAAAAACUAUCAGUUUAAGAUGAUAGGACUCCAACAGAAAAAAGAGAAGUGUAUGAUUCAACUUUUUAAGAUAAAGUGGAAUAUAUAGAUAAAAUGGUUUAAAAAAGAACUAAAAACAUAUUUGCUAGAUUAGCUAUCAUCUUUUUAGUGGUUUCAUCAUUAUUAGGAAUAGUCUCCUUAUUAUUAUAAACUGUUCUUAUAUAAAACAAUUUUAAUAAUUAUAUAACUGAUGUUGGAUAAUUGUCAAUUAAAAACGACAUCCUACAACCUAUGUUAAGUUUCUUUAUUUUGAGAUUUAUCAUCUAUGACAAAACUAAUCUAUUGAAUUAGAAUUUAAUAACAAAUGAAUAGUUUCUAAAUGAAACUGAUUUUGCAAAAUAAUAUUUCAAAUUAGAAUUUGAACAUUUUCAUGAAGAAAUUAAAAAAUUAUUUUAAUCUAAACUUUUGUAAGAUUUAUUAUUUGAUAGGUAUUAUUAAGUAAUAUAUUUGUAAGACGAUUAUACUUAUAAAUACGAAAAUUUUAGUGCUCGAACAUUCUUCAUGAAAUUUUUUGAUUAUUAGUAAUUCAUUUAUGGGGUUUACUUUAAUAAUGAACUUCCUAAAAUAAUUACUCCAGUAACAUUUUAAAUGUUAAAUUAAAAAUUGUUAUUUGAAAUUUGUUCAUACUUGAGUGAUUAAGUUUACAACAAUACUAUAACUAGAAAUUCCAAACAAAUCAAUGACCAAAUUAUAGUGAUUGCAUGUUUUUUAUUUGUAAAUUUCAUUUGCCUUUUGUUCUCCAAUUACUAUUAUAGAAAAUUUGCAAAAUAGAGGCAACUUUUUGGCAAUAUUAUGCUCAACAUCGAUAAAUAUGCUUUGGAGUCUGAAUUAGAAUAUUCAUAUUACUUAAUUAACUAGAUUGAAAAUCAUAAUAUAACCUAAUUUUACACUUUUAAUGAGAAACAAAAGGAAAGUGAAAUAUAUUCUUUAAACAAAUAGACAAAAACAAAUUAAUCGAGUUAUUAAAAAUCAAUAUACAAAAAAGCCAAAGUCAACACUACCAAGUUUUUGAUAUUCAUCUAUACUAUGUUUAUUGGAUUCUUAAUCGUAAACUUAUCUAACACUCUUAUUUUAUCUGAAUUUAUUAAGAAGUAUAAACCAACAGCAACUAUGCAUAAAAAUACUUCUGAUUUAUGUUUCAAUAUAGCAUUAACUUAUAGUUUAAAAGAAUAAUUGAACAAUUAGGUUUUCUUUCCAUAUUUAAAAGACUCAGAUUUUAAAUAUAUGAUCUAUUGGCUUAAUCAAUCAUCUCUAUAAAUCAAAUAAUAUUAAUAAGAGUUAUUGAAUAAAAAUCAGGUUAAUUUGCUUUUUCGUCCUGAUUUUGUAUCUUACUUUCUGGAUUAAGAUACAAAUGAUAUAUGUCAACUUAUUAAUGAAUCAAACAAUUAAUAAAUUCAAUAAAUUUGUAUCAAUUCAUUUGAAGGAUCCUUUCUAUUAGGAAUUUAAGCUGUAUUGAAUCAUGUAUCUAAAAUAAUCACAUAAGAAUUAAUUACCGAAGAUUUUUCUUAGCGAAAGCCUAUCAAUGCAUUAGAAGUAGAAGGAGCUUAUUUGUUUGCAGAAUUCUUAUAAAUGUCAUCAGUAAGGGCGAUGAGAAACUUUUCCGAACAAGUCUUAAAUUAAAAAUCUAUUUUAGAAAAAAUCCUUGUUUCAUCAAUUUCGUUUACAUUAAUUUUAGUCGCUAUUAUAAUGAUUGCUUUAGAAACUAAUUUAAAAUUCAAACUAACAUAUGCUAUAAAAUUUAUCCACUUGGUACCAAGAGAGGUAUUAUUUUUGGACGACGCUUUUGAACGGAAAAUUAGAAUGGCGAUUCUUAAAAAUCCGAAUUUAUGA